GAGAAGCACCUCGACGAUGACUCGUUCGACAAGUCCGCCGAGGGCGACAGCGUCGACGAUGUCCAGAUGGUCAAGGAAGUCGAGGAGCUCGAGGACCGCAUCGCCCACGACGAGGCUACCGAGGACGAGUACCGUGUCGAGGAGGCCUACGAGGUCGCUCUCAAGGUGCUGACGACCAGGGACGACCCCGAGCUCGCGUCCGUCACCUUCCGCACGAUGUUCCUCGGUCUUGGUUUCUCGGCUUUCGGAGCCGUCCUUGCUCAGAUCUACUACUUCAAGCCGCAGACGCUCCUCGUGUCGACGCUUCUGUUGCUGAUCCUGUCCUACUGGCUCGGAAAUGCCAUGCACAUGCUCCUGCCCUCCAGGGGCUUCUUCCGGUUCAUCAACCCCGGCCCUUUCAACAUCAAGGAGCAUGUCGCCAUCAUCAUCAUGGCGUCGACGGCCGCCACGUCCGCCGUCGCGAUCCAGGUCAUCUCGGUCCAGGAAUUGUAUUACAACAACAACAUGAAUGCCGGGAUUGCGAUCUUUACACUGAUCGGCUCGCAGCUGAUCGGGUAUGGCUACGCGGGUAUCCUGUCGGACGUCCUUGUCAAGCCCACAAAGUGCUUCUGGCCCGCGAACAUCUACACGGCCAACCUGUUCCAGGCGCUGCACUAUGACAGGCAGAUGACCUCCAAGCGUGUGCGCGUCUUCUGGAUCACCUUUGCCGCGCUUUUCUGCUGGGAGAUCAUCCCCGAAUGGAUCUUCCCCAUUCUCACCGGAUUCUCCAUCUUCUGCCUCGCGGACAACCACUCGUCCGUCGUGCGCAACGUCUUUGGCGGCGCGAGCAAUAACGAGGGCAUGGGCCUCCUCGCGCUCUGCCUCGACUGGAACCUCAUCAGCAGCACCUGCCUGUGGUCGCCGCUCUGGCUGCAGCUCAACCAGGACAUCGGCAUCAUGUUCACGUACAUCCUCAUGAGCGCGGUGUACUACGGCAACCUCUGGAACGCGAAGCAGUUCCCGUUCAUGAGCCAGGCUAUCUUUGCCCAGAACGGCUCACAGUACGACCAGACCGCCCUGCUCACGGACGGCAGGUUCAACGCGACCAAGUAUGCCGAGCUCGGGCCCGCGUACUUCUCCGCGACGAAUGCGCUCUACCUCAUCACGUCGAACCUGUCGCUCGGCGCGUGCGUCACCCACGUCGCGCUCUACCACUGGAGGGACCUCAAGCCGUUCAUGCUCUCGCUCAACCCGUGGAACAAGUCGGAGUACCUCGUGCACGACGCGCACUACGAGAAGCUCAAGGUGUACAAGCAGAUCCCGCGCUGGUGGUACACCGCCGUGCUGCUCGUCGCGUACGCCAUCGCGCAAGCGACCAACUACACCGGCGACUCGGGCCUGCCGUGGUGGGCGCUCACGGUGCUGCUGAUCAUCGGCUUCGUCCUCUGCGCGCUCUACGCGACGCUCGCGGCGACGAUCGGCUUCACCGAGUUCAACACGUCCGGCAACGGGUUCUUCCAGAUGAUCACCGCGUACAUGGUCCCCGGCCGCCCCGUCGCCAACAUGUACGGCGCGAUGUACGGCGCACACCCGAUGACGCAGGGCAUCGCGUUCCUGCAGGAUCUGAAGCUCGGCCAGUACUGCAAGCUGCCCCCGCGCGUGACGUUCUGCAUGCAGAUGAUGGGCACGGUCGUCGGGGCGAUCCUCAACUAUGUCAUGAUGCUGUCGAUCAUUAAUGCGCAGCGGCCAGCGCUCCUGUCUAUCGCGGGCACGCGUCUGUGGUCCGGACAGAACGCGCAGUCGUACAACUCGAAUGCCAUCUCCUGGGGCGCGCUCGCACCGCAGAUGUUCGGGCCUUCCGCGCCGUACCACAUGGUCCCGAUCUCCCUCGCGAUCGGCGUCGUCCUGCCCCUCCCGUUCUACAUCUGCUACCGCAUCUGGCCGAAAGCCGGCUUCCAGCACCUGAACACGUCGAUCAUCAUGCAGUACUCGUGCUACCUGUCCGUCGGCGUGAACACGUCGGUGAACACGUCGAUGGCGCUCGGCAUCUUCUCCCAGUGGUGGCUGCGCACGCGCUACCCGCGCUGGUUCACGAAGUACAACUACAUUGUCGCCGCGGGCAUGGACGGCGGCACGCAGGUGGUCAUCUUCAUCCUGAACUUUGCCAUCUUUGGUGCAGCCGGCACGGCGCACCUCUUCCCGAGCUGGUGGGGCAACGACCUCAACCUGUCCGCGGACCGCUGUCUCGCACCCGCGUCAUAGUAUCGGCUGCUCGGGAUGCGCUCUGCCCCCCGCCCCCGGCUCCCCUGCCAUUUACUGUAGUAGCGUAGUAUACACACCCCACUCGAUGAGAGUUGUACUGAUGUAGUAGAGUCUCGGCAUAAUCCACCCGGAUGCGACUGAUUGUAGAGGUGUCUUUUCUUUUGUCGGGGUUUGCUUGCUUGCAAUGCGAUGCAAUCCUCACUCAUUAACUUCACCGUGUUGGCCCCAGGGUCAGUGAUGCACGGGUGUUUGACGAGUCGUGUCUCAGAUCUCAGUACCCAAUUUU